ACACCUUCACCUUUCCUACCUAGCUAGAGAGUCUAGACAAGGGUGUUCGUAACAUCACAUACUCAAAUCUUGCAAGAAUCACCGAGCGUUGAAUAUAAUUCAUCUUUGAAGAUGUCUAAUCCCAAUUCAACUUCGAAUUCCAACGCACAAGUAUCAAGGAGGGCCGAAGAUAUCGAGGUGGCCCCCACACUCCAAGAUAGCGAUCUUCCCGACCCAUACAGGAUCCGAGUCGGUCUCAAGACAGACGACGAGCUCUCACAGCUUCGUCAUCGUCGUAGGACUGGUAAACGACUCGAAAAAUUUCACAGAAAGCAGAAUGACCUCAUUCAAUCAUUGCUGAAACCUAUGGAAGAACAUACACAGGAGGCGAAAGAAGAUGAAGCACAUUUCCAUUUUUCUGUUAGGGUCGCAGUCUGGGCAAGUCUUGUUGCCAACUUCAUUCUUUGCGUACUUCAGCUAUAUGCUGCUGUGUCAUCCGUCUCUUUGUCCCUCAUUGCCACAGGGAUUGAUGCUACUUUCGAUUUUGGAAGUAAUGUCUUCCUGUACUGGACUCACAAGAAAGCACUGUCAAUGGAUGUUAACAAAUGGCCUGUUGGUGGCUCUCGAGUUGAAACCAUCGGAAAUAUCGUCUACGGUUCACUCAUGGCUUCGGUCAACUUGGUUGUUAUUGUUGAAUCCAUCCGCGCAAUUAUGACUCAAGAGAAGGAUAACGGCUUUCACAUCCAAGCCAUCAUCGCAGUCGCAGCUGCACUUGCGGUCAAAUUUGUCCUUUUCUUGUAUUGUUUGGCCCUCCGAUCAAAGUCUAGCCAAGUGCGGGUCUUAUGGGAGGAUCAUCGAAACGAUCUUUUCAUCAAUGGAUUCGGUAUUUUGAUGUCUGCUGGAGGAAGUAGAUUGCGAUGGUGGCUGGACCCUACUGGCGCUAUCCUCAUUGGCGCUGGAGUGAUCAUUGCUUGGAGCUGCACUAUCUACGAACAAUUUGGCUUCUUGGCCGGGAAGUCUGCGCCACACGACUUCCUGCAGCUCAUCAUCUACAAAGCCAUGACCUUCAGCGAUGAAAUUGAGAAAAUCGAUACCGUACGGGCGUACCACAGCGGACCUGAUUACAUCGUCGAGGUAGACAUCGUCAUGGACGCUACCACGCCGUUAUGGAAAGCACACGAUAUUAGCCAGCAACUGCAGGAUAAGAUCGAGGUACUUCCGAAUGUCGAGCGUGCCUUUGUGCACGUUGAUCACGAGACGACUCAUGCCCCCGAACAUCGCAAGAUUGUGUAGACGAAAGGCAGCUGAAUGAAACAACAUAUCCCUGGUUAUCCCCUGUGGGAAUGCUAUCAGUAUCUAUAAGAACUUGAUGUUUUGUUACCGGAUACCUUUACUAGGUGCCAAGAUUACGGAUUGCUUGUUAUUGUUGUGCUCGUAUAAUCAUACUACUGCAGUCUCCUUAUAUAGUUUGCCUGCUGAUCGGACUUACGCUUCAUGAUUGGAAGAUCGACAAUAUGAGUGCUAG